AUGUCCCCUCCGGAAAAUGCUCCCGCCUUGAAAGUUCCUAUCUUCUCCUCGUACUUGAUAACUAGCGGCGCCAGUACUUCCGCUUACGUCAUGUCCUCUCUCGAUUGUUUAAAGAAGGCGAUCCUUCUUCCUUCCCUUUCCCUCUUUCCACCUCCGUCCACCUCCGUUCUUCCACCUCUUCCUUCUCCUCCCGACCACGCCAGUGGAGUCACAAACCUCUCCCUUGAGGGGCGAGGGCCGUUGGGGCCGUCGGAGAGAUCCUCUGACACCGGCGUCUUUCCCCAAUCUCGAUCCGAGGGGAAAGAGGGAGCUGUCGCUCUACCAGGUCAGAUCAGCGGUUGGCACACCAAGAGCUCUCGGUGGACCCAACCUGUCGCCAUUGCCCCCGCCGCCGGAAGUCCCAAUUUCACCACCUACAUACUGCACCUCUCUGUUGCUGACUUCGGACUGCUCACAGUGGUAGUUAUGCAUAACAUAUUCUUUAUUUUAAAUUUGCUUGAUGAGAUCUCCUUUAUGGAUUAUCUAAGUUUUCUGCAUGAUUCCAUAUUUCUGUUCACAUUCUUGACCAGCCAGUUCCUAUUGACAAUCAUCAGCAUUGAUAGGUGUGUGUGCCUCUUUUUCCCACUUUGGCAUCGAUGUCACCGGCCACCACGCUUGUCCACUGUUGUUUGUGUCAUCAUCUGGAUCCUCAGCUUACUAAUUUCUUCUACAAAUACCAUCCUCAAUGUCACUAUUAAGUUUCUUUGGUUAAAAACUCUCAAUUUUUUCUUGAAUGUUGCAAUUUUCAUGCCCAUCAUGUGUGUGUCCACUGUAGCCAUGUUAAUUAAAGUCUCCUCAAAACCACAACAAAAUAAGCGGGGAAGAUUGCUAAGAGCGAUUUUGUUCACGCUUGCUUUCUUCUUGCUCUUUGCUUUUCCAUUUAAUGUUAUUCAUAUUCUUGUUAUUUUUCAAAAAGUUCAACGCCAUUUCUUUACAUAUGCCUACCUUUGUGCCUCUCUAAACAGCACCAUUAAUCCCAUGAUCUAUUAUUUGGUGGGAAGAGAUAAAAGGGGGAGAUCCAGCAAAAGAAUAAAUAUAGUAUUUGAGAAACUUUUCAAAGAGGAGGAAGACUAUAGGAGAGAAUAGGAAAACCUCAGCUAAGGCUUGGUUAAAGGUUUCUUUAACCUGAAGUUAGUGUUUUGAAAAUGUAUUAGAAAUACUUUUUUAUACUCACCAGUUAACUCCUGACUUAUUGGAGUGAUUAUGUGCAUUUUCAUUCGUACCUAUGUUCACUGUAUAGCUCCAUCUUUCAAUUCGCAUUCUCUUCUAACCAGGGAAGUAGAGGCACAUAAAUCGAGCCCACUUUGGUACCUGCACCACCAGCCACCAGAUUUGUUCACGACUGUGUGUGUCACCAUAUGGAUCCUUGCGUUCCCAACGUUUGCUACAAAUUUCACCCUCUCAGUUCAUAUUCAGCUUUACAGUUUCAGGAUAUAUGCACUUUUCUUAAAUGCUGUAUGUUUCAUGCCCAUCAUGUGUGUAUUGUACUAUGACUACGUUUGUUAAUGUCUGCUUAAGACCAUUACAACAGAUGCAGGAGAAACUGUUAAGAGCCAUUUUCCUUACACUUGCCUUCUUCCUCCUGAAUGUAUAUGUAUAUGCUGGCAUAAGCAUAACAUUAAACACCAUCAUUAACCCUAUGAUCUAUUAUUUGCUGGGAACGAAAACGGGGGAGGGAUUCAGUAAAAGUAUAAAUAAAGUGCUUGACAUUUUUUCAAAGUGGAUGAAAGCUGUUUAGAUAACCAGGAAACCCCAACCAUUACUCUAAGGGCCCAUUGACAAGGAAGCAAGUCUUUUAAAAUGAUAUAGAAACAAUUAUACCCAUCUACAUUAGAAAAUCAUGAUUUUUCUGAAAAUUCUAUAGAUAUAUUCAUUAUGUAUGCCAUGCACUCACUUGUUCAUUCCUGAGUAUAAAUGUUUGCCCUUUGCUCCAUGUAUCUGAUAAAGUAGACUCAGUGUGCAUCUACACUAUAAAAUUACGGCAGUUUGACAGCACUUUAACUGCCAUGUCUCAAUGUUAUGGAAUCAUGGCUAAGGACUUUAUCAAACGACAACAGCUCCCAUGUUCCAAUAGUGAACAGUAGAUGCAUCCAUAGUCUGCAAAAGCUUAUACUACAAAAAAAAAUCUUUAUCUCAUUAGAUCUCAAAGUACCACAAAACCCCUUGGCAUGUGGAUUCUAUAGCAAAUUAAUAAGUAAUGUAUAAAAGCAGUACUUCUUUUGAAAAUGCAGUGGAUUAUAUACUCUUGUUUCAAAAUCUGGUAGAAGUUUAUUUCUUUAGACUGUAACACUGUACAUUCAGUUAACAUGCACAAAUGGCGGCAGUUGUCUUCAAAGCAAGAAAGUACUCAAAAAGAUUAUAGUGCGUGCUGAAUGUAAAGACCAUUUAUGGAAAGGCUCACCUAUGAUAUUGGCAUAAAUACAAGCAGAGAUUUUAUCUCAAGGUAAUAUUCGCUACCUGAUUGCGAAAAUGGGUUACAAUUGGAGAUGGCUGGCUUAUGAUCUUUUGUAUCUUGAACAAAACAGCUGGAGAUUUAAAUCAAGAUGGAUGAUUGUUAAGGCAAUCAAAUAUCUCAGUUGGCUUGCUUAAGGACCUAUUUAAUCAAGAUAAGAAAAAUGCCGCUUAGAGAAUGAAGCAAAUUAACUUUAUUAACUGCUGUGUAAAGAUGAUUAAAAAGUGUAUAUUAAUGGUUUUGAAAUCAAAGACAGAUUAAGAAACUGUACAAGAGAACAGGAUGAGAUGGACUCAACACUGGGCAUACUGUGCAUAUGGAUGUAUGGGGAAAAUGUGAUACAAAGAUGUAAAAUUUACUAUGUGCAAUAAUAUAAAACAAAAUCUGUAUAAGAUGAUCUAUAGAAAGUUAGUAAAUUCCCCAAAAGCUGGUAAAAUGUCCUGCAGUGAUUAAAAGUAAGGUUGGAAAUGUCAUGAUGAGAAGAUCCCUUUUUUAUUUUUAUUUUUUUCAUUUGUGGGGAACUUGAAAGAAAGGGAAAAAGUUUCUGGUCUAAAAUGUAUAUGUCAGUUCUAAAAAAAUGUAAAGCUAGAUUUUGUAAUGUUAAUAAAAAUAUUUCUGCUGGACAUUAUAGAUUACUUUUUUGAUACAUGACAACAACACAGAGACUAUAAUUUGCUCAAACAUGGACAUAAACUGAAACACUGACAAUGGCGGAAUGAAUUGUAAAACUUGCUGAAUUGGCUGAAAUGGCCA